AUAAAAUCACUAAAUCCAUAUUGAAUUGAUUAGGCUACAUCGUAGCCUUAGUAGAAUAAAUCAGUUCAUAAUAAAAAGAAUAAAAUAUACAAUCAUAGUUAUGAACAAGGAAGAAUAAAACCUAAUUUGAGAAAAUUGUAAUCCUUGAUCUUCUAUUGUUGAAUCUUCUAUCUUGACCUCCAAGAAUGCCCAAGAGGGCUACCACAAGCCUCCUCCCAACUCUCCUCAUUCUGAAUUUAGAUGGGUAUUUAUAGGAUUUUAGAAACCCUAAUUGAAAUAGAAGUAGGACUUUGAAUAGGAAUAGGAAACUGAAUUUUAGAUGCUGAUCGCGUGGUGCUGACACUUCGGAUUACGUGUUGACACAAAAUAGGAAACAGAAUCUGAUUCUGGACGUUUAGCGCAUGGUGUCGACACCCCGAUAAUGUGUCGACACUACACCCGUGUCGGGUUUAUGGCCUCCUUUUGCAAUUUCUUCAAUGGUAAAAUGGCAGAUCUGGUUCCUGACUUCUGGAUUCUGCAUAAGUUGAUCCUCAAGUCUCUGAUCUCUUCAAUUUACUUUUAAAAAGGUUUCCACAUCUCAUCUGUUUGGACAUAGAGGAGACUGAUCCCACUGCAUAUGGAGGACCCUUAGAUGUCUCAAAAUCACAUGAUGGGAUUCCUACCUUGGUUUUUGGGUUUUCAAGCCAAAACCCUCUAUUUAUACCCAUCAACGACCGAGCUUUAUCUUACUGAAAAACGAGACAAGGUGCCAAGGAGAAUCGGACAACCAGAGCAGGUACAAGAUCGGGUUGCAGGAUUGCGUUGCAGCCGGGGAUUGCACGAUUGGGGCAUAGGUGAUGAGUGCAGAUCGGCUCGGGUAGAGGAGAGGUGAUGAAGGAGACUUAUUCGACUACAUAUGGAGGACCUUUAGAUUUCUCAAAAUCACGGGAUGGGAUUCCUGGCUUGGUUUUUGGGUUUUUCAAGUUAUUGAAGUGUCAUGCCCCUUACACACACUCACUCUCAUUUUGCAUUAGGUCCGUGUCGGAGGUGAACCCGACCUCUAGUCUGGAAUCCUUACGAAUUUGGCUUGGAAGAACAAUGCUUCCCGCUUUGAGGAGUAAGAUCGGUUCCCAUUAGGUUGUUUCCAUUGGUUAAUAUGACACUUGAUGAUGUAAUAUCAUUCUGUGUAUUAGCUUUUGGAAAUGUCUCCCGUUGAUUCCAAAAGGAUAAAUGGUUGAGAAGGCCUAAUGCCCUUUAGGAGAACAUGUAGUGGCCUUAGAGAGAUACCAACCCUAAGACAUGUUUCCCUUAGCAUCCCACCCGUGAGGUUAGGGAUCCCGUGUCUAAGACACAAGGGGCAUUUUUCUUCACUAACUUUGUCUCUGCACGUGAUAGAGGAGACUGAUCCCACUGCAUAUGGAAGACCCUUAGAUCUCUCAAAAUCACAUGAUGGGAUUGCUGCCUUGGUUUUGGGUUUUUCAGGAUUUCCAGAUCUCAUCUGUUUGGAUACAGAGGAGACUUAUCCGACUACAUAUGGAAGACCUUUAGAUUUCUCAAAAUCACGGGAUGGGAUUCCUGGCUUGGUUUUUGGGUUUUUCAGACUGGGUAUGAUCUACAAGAGAGAAAGGACCAAUUGCAGCCCACCAUGGCCUACCAUGCCAACCCCCUACCCCAAAUUGUACUCUCCUUUUACGGUCUUUCCCUCCCGAUUUCCAUAUCUUAUCUGUUUCGAUACAGAGGAAACUAAUUCCACCAUAAAUGGAGGGCCUUUAGAUUUCUCAAAAUCACGAGAUGGGAUUCCUAGCUUGGUUUUUGGGUUCUUCAGGAUUUCCAAAUCUCAUCUUUGUUUGGAUAGAGAGGAGACUGAUCCCACUGCAUAUGAAGGACCCUUUGAUUUAUCAAAAUCACGAGAUGGGAUUCCUGGCUUGGUUUUUGGGUUUUCAAGAUUUCCAUAUCUUAUCUAUUUGGAUACAGAGGAGACUGAUCCCCUUGCAUAUGGAGCACCCUUAGAUUUCUCAAAAUCACGAGAUGGGAUUCUUGGCUUAGUUUUUGGGUUUCUCAGACUGGGUAUAUUCUACAAGAGAAAAAGGAUCAAUUACAGGAUUCCCAUAUCUCAUCGGUUUGGAUACAGAGGCGACUAAUUCCACUAUAUAUGGAGGGCCCUUAGAUUUCUCAAAAUCACGGGAUGGGAUUCCUAGCUUGGUUUUUGGGUUCUUCAGUUUCCACCAAGUGUUUAAUGCUUUUUGCCAGCCCACCAGGGCCUACCCGUGGCAACCCCCUACUCCAAAUUGUACUCUCCUUCUAUGGUCUUUCCCUCUCGUAUGCCUCUAGCAAAGUUUUCAUCUCUGCACCUUUAAUUGAAUUGAUGAUUUUUGUUGUUGUUCUGUCGAUAUAGGAUUUCCAAAUCUCAUCUGUUUGGAUAGAGAGGAGACUGAUCCCACUACAUAUGGAAGACCCUUUUUCUCUUGUAGAAUAUACCCAGUUUGUACAU